GAGGCUGAUCUGCUCCGAAACAUCUGUUCAUCUUGUUUCUAACUUUCUCGUCGACCAUCAUGUCCAGACAGGACAAAGCCACGACCGAAAGAAAUUCCAGAAUUCUCAAAGAACUGGUCAAGCAGCCAGACAAUAAAGUCUGUGCAGAUUGCAAGCGGAACGAUCCUCGUUGGGCAUCAUGGAAUUUAGGUGUCUUCCUGUGCAUUCGCUGUUCAGGCAUCCAUCGUGGCAUGGGAACGCAUAUCAGCCGCGUCAAGUCCGUCGAUCUUGAUAUCUGGACACCGGAACAAAUGGAGUCGAUUCAGAAAUGGGGGAAUCGCCGUGCCAACUUGUACUGGGAAUCACAUCUCAAGUCUGGUCAUGUCCCCCCAGACCACAAAAUGGAGUCAUUCAUACGUUCAAAAUAUGAAUCCCGGAGAUGGGCACUUGAUGGACCCCCGCCGUCCGAUCCAUCGGUUCUUGAGAGUGAAACCUCAAAUGGGCAUGCUUCACAGGCUAUUGAACAGUCUCUCCCUGCGGCUACGCAGUCCUCACGCCCAACUCAUAUCACUAAUACCAGUAUAUCGGGUGCAAGACCAGCAUCUCCUGCACUGCAGACCCACAUAACAACACGUCAGCCUCAAUCUCGUCAGUUGCUCUCAUCCGCAAUCGCCGGCAGAGCAAUCAACUCUGAAGUUCCUAUAAUUACUUCACCGACAUCUGCCGCACCUCAGCCGACAUUGGCGCAGCCCGCCGCCCCGACUCAAGAUGACCUAUUCUCACUGGACUUCCACGCACCCGCUCAGAAGGCAGCCUCGCCACCACCAUCUAAAGAUAUGAAAUCAGAUAUCAUGUCCCUCUUUUCCUCUGCUCCUGCUGUCGCCCCUAGCAAUUCCAACCUGUCGACAGGUGCCAGUGCUUUUGGCGCCUUUGCGUCCCCCUCUCAGCCACAAUCAGCCUGGGACCAGUUUGGAAGCGCUCCGCAGACACAACCUCAGCCUACAAGCAUGAUGGGUACGGGUGGCACUAGUUUGUGGGGCGCUUCUUCUUCUAGCUGGGGCGCUACUCCCGUUGCACCCUCCCCAAAUACCCUAUGGGGGAGCUCAGUCAUUCCUACGGCACAACAGCCCCAGCCUCAAGCGAAUUCAUCUAACACGAAUGACAUCUGGGGAUCGUCUGUCUCCGCACCAAGUAACGACAGCAGCCUUUGGGGCACUUCUCAGGUGCAGCCUGCCCAAAAGAAAGAUGACGUGUUCGGGGACCUGUGGGGCGAUUUCAAAUAA